AUGUCUGCCCUUCACGGGUUAGGAUCCGUCAUCUAUGGCAAAGUCUGCGUCACCGUCCCUAUGCCCACCGCGACAACCGAUCUAUCAGAUCACAUCAUGAUAGUUACCGGCUCCAAUAGCGGCCUCGGCUUCGAGGCCACCCGCCAUCUCUCCCGUCUCGGCGUAGGGAAGAUCAUCAUGGCAGUCCGAACCCUCUCCAAAGGUGAGGCGGCCAAGAAAUUGAUCCUCCAGUCAACUGGCAAGCCAGAAUCCUCCAUCGAAGUCUGGAACAUCGAUAUGGAUAGCCAGGACGCUGUCAAGGCCUUUGCCGAACAGGCCUCUCAGCUGCCUCGGAUAGACGGUAUCCUGGCCAACGCGGGCAUUAUGACAACCCAGUUUACCCUCAGCGAGGGAAACGAGAGGACGCUCAACGUCAAUGUCAUCAACACCUUUCUCCUCUUCUUCCUCCUCCUGCCCUUGAUGCGCAGGUCAGAGCAGCAGACCGGCAACCCAUGUCGAUUCGUGAUUCCCAACAGCGCCCUCCAUUAUAUGGCCCCCACUGCCGAGCUCAACGAGAAGGAGACGACGAUCUUCGACCGACUCAAUAACCAGAAACGAGCGGACAUGGCUGGCAGGUACCCCCUGUCCAAGCUUCUCGUCCUCUACAUCGUACGAGAAAUAGCCGAGAGAACAAAGUCGAGCAGCAAAGGAAAAUUCAUCAUCAACACCCCGAACCCAAGCUGGUGCAGGUCAGACCUCAGCAGGGACAUGGAAUCCGCCGGCUUCAAGAUGGCUGAGAAACUCUUGGCUCGCACAGCGGAGGAGGGCAGCCGAACGCUGGUACACGGUGUGUGGACGGACGAAUCCAGCCAUGGCCACUAUCUGACCAAUUGCCACGUCCAAGCACCAGCAAAGUUCGUCACGAACAAGUUUGGCCAGGAUGUGCAAAAGAAGAUCUUUAACGAGCUCCUCGUUAAGCUCGACUCCAUUUCUCCCGGCGUUUCGUCCAACCUUUAA